AUGGAGUAUCAGGACAUUAGUUUAGAUCAGCCGGAUCCCGUUCCAAGUUUCCAUCUUUGCAUUGAUGGGAUUACCCGGCACAUGCAGGCCUAUGAGUCCUCUCUGUUUGCACUUGAAGCAGAAAACCGCAUUCUUAGGGAGCGCGUCACGUACCUCACCCAACAACUGGAAAGCGCUAAGCAACAGCUAAUCCACGGGUCUCAAGGCGUGACACUAAAGAACCGUACGUCCCUUGUCACCGAUACGCAAACUACUCUUGCUAAUCUAGGUAAUCUAAAGAGCGCAUACUCUAACGUUAUCCCUGCCCCGCCUGAUGACCAAGCCAAGAUACGUUCAGCUAGCAGCGAUACGGCGACGCAGCUUCGCGUCUCUCCUGGAAAGCGGCUUCCAUCCAAGCAGCUGACGCAUCUCCGAACGCUCCAGAUGCACUCGCGCGCGGUCUCUGCCGUUACCUGGGUUCAGGAUUUCUUCAUAACGGCGUCUCGCGACGCCUCGUGCCGCGUCUGGUAUGUUCCCAAGGAGCAAUCCGACUCUUCUAGGCCUGGGCCGCUUAUGACAUAUCGGACGGCAGCCCCUCUGACCUCGGCGCGGUGCAUUUCCAAUCGCUACCUGAUGCUUUCCAACACAUCCUCCGAGGUCAUCGUACACAGCGUCUCAGCGCCUGCAAUCGCAUCCCUCGGUGUAUAUGCAAACGUGGAGAGCAUGAACAGCACACUCAUCAGGACAGAGACAGACGAGAAGUCCCUCAGCUUUAAGUCUCCUGUGUGGUCCAUAGUCGAGCUAGACGGCCACGCCGUGUGUGUAGGGGCGGGAUUUGCUGCACUUGUCGAGUUCAACGGAGAAAAAUGUGCUAUUACGAAGACCAUCAGACUUUUAGAUCCGUUCUGUCCCAAGAACGACGAGCCAAUGCUCUGUAGCUUUGUGACACGCGUGGGAGGAACCAUAAUUGCCACUAUUCGUGAGAGGUAUAUUAAGGCUGACGAUUUACAGCCGCCAGGCUUCAUUCCAGACCCGGCAGAUGUCGUAAAUUAUCGCCGAUCUGGAAUGCGUCUUGUCAAGAUCAAUCCAGAGGCGCUAUCCAAUAACGCCACAGUCGUUACAUUUACCACGCAGAGUAUGCAAUGCAUACAGGUAACAGGCUUGGCACCCAUAUUUAAUACGCACGUAAUAGUUUCCACGACAACUCCAGACACGAAACUUUUAUCAUACAGAGUUGACGAUCACUCUUCCGGAGCAAUAAAAGUGAUAUCAGCCACAGAAUGCAAUGACAGUGACAUUUUUACUGCCAUUUCAACGUGUGAUGGAUACGUGGUAACGGCAGUGAAUGCAGCGAUCAACGCACAUCCACGCAUCUACAUCUUCCAGGCACACCUUCCACAAAAUAGAGACGCCCCCAUCGAGCUCAAGCGUGUAGAUACCGCCGUUCUUGAUUCUGUGUACGGGUCAAUUACCGCCAUAGGCACACGCAGGGUGGAGGAUGGGAUCGUUGUAGUGCUGUGCGGGUGUGACGGGGAUAUUCAUGUGAAGUGCUACGGGAUUUAA